AUGGAUGCACAGCCGUUGACCCGGUCGACCUUUCCCCGCUCCAAGUCAGCAGGCUCCGACACCGACAGACAUGAACCCACCACGGAUCACUCCAAUGAUCAGCCGCAAGUUCGCCGCUCCUGGUCGCUCAAGAGACUGCUGAGCGGACGCAAGAGACGGCCAUAUGCCGUGUUGGAGCGGGAGCCCAAUCGUCUGCGCAAACGCCCCGACACCAAUGAUUAA